AAAGAAAAAAGAGGUGAUCAUUCAACUUUGUUCAUGGGUCAUUCAUACAUUAUUAUUUCCUCAGAAAUUUCCAAGGAAAGAGGCUAUACAUGUUAAUAAAGUAUACACUCACUCACUCACUCACUCACUUACCCAUUCGUUUCUUUCUUUCUUCAUUCUCAUCCGUAACCCCUUCACAGAUUCAACAAAGAACUUGUUACUUUUGUCAUUGAUCAAUAUGGCUGCUGAAUUGGUUGGUGGUGCUUUGCUCUCUGCUUCACUUCAAGUUCUGUUUGACAGAUUGGCCUCGGAGGACAUAUCCCAGCUGUUCCAAAGAAAGAAACCCAUUUUGAAGCUGCUAGACAAGUUGAACACUAGGAUGUUAUCAGCUAAUAAACUGCUCAAUGAUGCUGAGGAGAAGCAACUUCGAGAUGACAAUGUCAACAACUGGCUUUCCAAGCUUCAAGAUGUCAUCUAUCAAGCCGACGACUUGGUGGACAGGAUCGAUUAUGAAGCACUGCGAACCAAGCUUGAAGAUCACGAUCAAUCUAGCAGCCCCACAACCAAGGUUGUUCACCAACUGAAGUCUAUGUCACCUUUCUUGUCCACAUUUGAUAAAACUGUACAAAAUGAUGCCACUGAGAUCCUUGGUACACUAGAUGAUCUUCUUGCUCAAAAGGAUGCUCUUGGCUUGAGAGAAGGCCUUCAAAACACGUCUUCUCAAAGGCCUCCUGCUCCUUUACUCGAACAAUCUGAUGUUUAUGGAAGGGAUGCUGAAAAAGAAGCCAUUGUUGAUUUGUUGCUAAAAGACGAUGUUGAUGGUGGUACUAACAUUUCAGUCAUCCCGAUUGUUGGGAUGGGUGGCGUUGGCAAGACCACUCUUGCUCAACUUGUUUAUGAUGAUGUUCGAGUUAAAAAUCAAUUUGAGCUAAGAGUGUGGGUUACGGUGUCAGACCAGUUUGAUAUUUCAAAGAUAACAAGAGAGAUCUUUGAGGGUGUCACUUCCAACAAAUGUGAAAUUGAGAACCCAGACGAAAUUCGAAGAAGAUUGAAGGAAGCAUUGCAGGGGAAGAAGUUUAUGUUUGUUCAUGAUGAUGUUUGGAAUGAGUCUUAUACUUUGUGGGACACUUUGAAGAGCAGUUUCGAUUCUGGAGCAAAUGGAAGUAAAAUUGUUGUAACUACUCGAAGCAAAGCUGUUGCCUCUACUAUGGCCACUGGUGGGGAUAUUCAUCAUCUCCAAACUUUGUCAAAUGAAGAUUGUUGGAAGUUAUUUGUCAAACAUGCUUUUGGACCCAACGAUGACCUCGGUAAUAAGUACAAAGAUUUGGAGGAAUUGGGUAGAAAAAUAGUAGGCAAGUGCAAAGGUCUUCCGCUAGCAAUAAAAUCUCUCGGUGGAUUAUUGCGCUCUGAACGAAAUGCCGAAAAAUGGAAGGACAUACUCAAUAGUGACACAUGGGAGGAGUUGUACAAGAAGGAGGGUUCUAUUCUUCCAGCUUUAUGGUUGAGCUACCAUCACUUACCUACACGUCUCAAGCAAUGUUUUGCGUAUUGUUCCAUAAUUCCCAAAGAUUAUCAAUUUGAAAAGAAAAAAUUGAUUUUGUUGUGGAUGGCACAGAAUUUUCUACCACUUGAUAAAAACAGCAAAAAGAUGAAGGAACAUGGGGAGGAAUACAUUGAAGAUCUCUUAUCAAGAUCAUUGUUUCAAUAUUCUAAUAAAGAAAAAUCAUUGCUCCUAAUGCACGACUUGGUACAUGAUUUGGCCAUAUUCGUAUCAAAUAUUUUUUGCUUUAGGUUGGAUUUGAGUAAUGAUCUACUUAACCUUUCAACAAAAACUCGUCACUUGUCAUAUAUGAAGAGGAAAUACGACAUGGACAAAGUUAAGGGCUUGUGUGAAGCCAAGAGCUUGCGUACCUUUCUAGCAUUGCCAUUCGAUGAAAAGUUUGUCACAUCAGAAAACAUAUCAUAUAUGGAGUAUGGUAUGUUGCUUACAAGUGGAAGUUGCUUAAGAGUACUUUCUUUAAGUCAAUGUCUAUCUAUGAAGAAGCUGCCUCAUUCAAUUGCCAAUCACAAGCAUUUGAGGUAUCUGGACUUGUCUCACCCUCAUAUUGAAAAAUUACCUGAUUCAGUUUGUAAUUUGUACAAUUUACAGACUUUAUUAUUACGUGGGUGUGAAGAGCUUCGUGAAUUACCAAAGAAGAUGGGAAGGUUAAUUAACUUGCGAUAUCUAGAUAUUGAGGGUGUACGUCUGAAAGAGCUUCCCCAAGAACUGAAUACUAUAGAACACUUGUAUUUCUUAUCUGAUGUGUUUUUGAGUAGUGGAGGAUUUAAUAUGAAAAAGGUAGGACAGCUUGAGAACUUACAUAGCAUUUUUGGGCUGGAAAAUAUCAAGGAUGCGAGAGAAGCUUCGGAGGCUAAUUUGAAGGAUAAGAAGUGUCUUAUGCAACUAACUUUGGAGUGGGAUGGUAAUGGUGUCGUGGCUAAUAGUUCACAACAAGAAAAGGAUAUACUUGAUGCACUUCGACCACAUACAAACUUGGAGCAUCUUAAGAUUCAAGGUUACAAAGGCACAAGAUUUUCAGAGUGGAUUGUAAGUUCUGCAUUUUGUAAGUUAGCAUAUAUGACAAUUAUCAAUUGUAAGAAUUGUUGUAUGCUACCUCCACUUGGGCAGCUACCAUUUCUCAAAAAUCUUACAAUCAAGGGAUGUGAUAGUGUGAUCUCAAUAGGUAAUGAGAUUCUUGGUGACGAGGGUUCUCUAUUCAGAUGUUUAGAAUCGUUAGAGAUUUCCAAUAUGCCGGAAUGGAAAGAUUGGUCAUUUAAUAGUGAAGCUAUGCAACAAACUCAAAUAUUAUUCCCUCUUCUCAAAAGCCUUUUUUUGUGUAGAUGUCCAAAGCUUAAAGUUGGGUUACCAAGUUGUCACCUUCCAUCCUUGGAACAAGUUGGUGUAAUGAGAUGUGAACAAAUGGUGAGUUUGGUCCCGAUAACAGAAACUCAACAAAUCGUCACACCCACAGCCCUUCCCAAACUAAAGCGGAUUAUGUUAUUCAACUCCAAAAGGGUCUUUGAUCUGCACACACUCUCAUCUUUAGAAUUCUUAAAUGUCUAUUAUUGGGAAGAUGAUUGUUUUCCCGAAGACGAAGGGCUGCUUCCGACCACUCUGAAGACACUUCAAAUUCAAUUUUCUAAUAAGCUUGAAAGCUUAAAUGGCAAGGCCUUUCAACAACUCACAUCCCUUCAGAGAUUGUAUAUUUAUAAUUGUGAAAGGCUGCGGUGCUUGCCAGAAGAAGGGCUGCCUACUUCCCUAUCUCAAUUACAUAUAGAUCAAUGUCCUUUGUUAAAGCAACAGUGUGAGAAAGAGAAAGGAGAAGAUUGGCCUAAGAUUCAACACAUCACACAUCUGUCGUUGGAUAGGGAACGUAUCAAUUAAAUGGUCUGUCUGCAUUGAUGUCUCAAGUUUAGCAGCAGUUAAAGCAAGAUUAGCAGAAGCAGACAGUUGUUGUUCUACUUGUUCUUAUCCAAGUUCCCAAGUUUCUUGCAAUUGCUCGACGGAAUGCAAGAAAAGAUCCUAGAAGAAGAAGGGAAACCGGAGGGGAGGAGGAGGUUAAACAGAAAUCAAAGGGCCUUUCUCCAGAUGUUUGAAGACUUUGUUCAACCAUUCCACAAGCCACUCAAAUCAAACUACAAUUUUAUUCCAACUUCAACAAUACGCAAUUUCAGACACAAGUUGUUGUUCUUGAGAGAUGUAGAUAUUCUCAGAUUGUAAAGUAACCAUUGUGCCUUCUAUUUUCUCAUGAAUUGAGACUCAUUGAUUCUUCAAGCAUCUAAUAAGUUCUUUCUACAACUACUUUAGUAGUUUAAAAGUUGUUGAAUCUAUUGCUUUAGAUUUUGCUUAUUUCUUUAGAUACUUAAGUGCUUAAUGGCACAUAGUAAAUGUACUGAAAUCUCAAGUGAUUGGAGAGUGAAAGACAUAUUUUCAUUAAAAUGUUACCUUUGAAUAUCCA